UGUGUUAUAUACACGUUUGUUUUGUGUAUUAAUGUCUGCAGAAGCCCGCGGGAUAUGUUUGUGACCGAGACCGAUACACGUUUGUUUUGUGUCUUGGUCACAAAAAAUCCCGCGGGCUUCUGCAGACGUUGAUACACAGGAAACGUGUAUUACCCCUACAUUAAUACCAACUUGACUUUCAGACAUGAAUGGAAAGUUUAAGCCAUAAAAUUAUUUAAAUUGUAUAAUAAUGUUGCAUUAAGCUUCCGUGUGCGUCUAUCUAUGUUGUAAAUUUAUUUUUUGUUCCUGUUCUUCUUCUUUAGAUUUUAUGUCGUACCAACAAAACCAAAAUCAUAUCAGCUUUUAAUAGCGGUGAAGUAUGCCAGACAAUGUUUCAGGCUUAGGAAGGUACCCGACAAGACCCACCGUCCGACAGUAAGCCAUAUGGACGACUUUAUUCUGCAUUCCUGGCGCUGUUUUGUUUUGAACCAACAAAGCUGAGGGAUAUGUGAUUUUAGCCACUCAGUCGUUGAUGCCCACUAAUAAUUUUUAGUCGAGACAUGUGUUGCAUAUAUUUUGCUGUGUUAUCGUAAGUUACUCUCAUAUAUCCAUGCACCAACCUAUCUGAUUAAGCAGAACAUACUAAGUGUUAAACAUGCGCCACAUAGCCUCAAGAUAUAUCAGCUUUUACAAUCCUUUUCAUAAUUUUAUCAUGUCCAAAGUAUUGCUGAAAUGCACAACUUUGGAUAGAGUUUACACUAUUUUAUUUAUCAUGACUUUAAGAAGCCAAUGUUAAGGCACUAUAACAGAUAUCUGUUAGUAACAUUCCAUUUGAAAUUUAUAUUCAAAGAUUUCAAGCGAUGAUAACACUAAGUUAGUGUGUAGAUUCUUACAGCAACUCCCUGGUCCAUCAGAGUUUCUAGUUCCAUGAUACAAUUAUAAAUAUAACAUGUACUAUGAUACCCUAUCCGAUCACCUACACCUUUAUGCUAAGCAAUGGCCAGUGCAUUUUACGAAGAAUACGACAAAAGCCGAUGUUUCAUUGGUCAUAUAAGACUGUAUGAAUAAUCUUAUGUUUUUGUCGUAUUUCUUUUUAUUUUCAGGAAAUAACAUUUAGUAAUAUCAAUAGUCAGUUUAUAUGCAAUUAGUUUUAAAAUGGCCGAGCAUUGUUUCUGCUGUCGGCAUGGAAACCACAUUGUACUGCAGAUUUUGCAGAUACAGAUAUAUGUAACUUAUACAAAUUCUUCGCUUCUUCGCAUCAAAGACUAGUUUAGAUCAAAUUAUCCUUUAAAUUCGUUUUCUUCGAAACAAUAUAAUUUAUUAGAUUACUUAAGCAUUUAGCUUUAACUCUAAAUGUGAAAACAAUUAAGAACAUUAACCGGGAAAACACUGAUAAUGUUUUCUUAUUGCCAUUAUUUGACAAGCUUGGAAGUGUUGUUUGAUUAUCAAUUUAGUUCUAUAACACCUUUUAUUCAUUAAGCGUUAAGUGUAUAAAAAUUCAACCCACUUUAUUGCAAGGAGCAUUUAGUGUAUCAUUUUCCAGUAUGCAUUUCACAUAUUUUCCUCCAUGUAACUAGAUGCAAUUUCAUUAAAUCUUCCUGAUUCGUAUUACAUAAAGAAUCACUAUUUUUCGUAUAUUUUGCACAAGUGCUCAAACUGUAUGAAGGGAUAUCUUCUUUAAUAGUAUCCGAGUUGUUUCAUAUACGUUUAAAGGAAAACGUUAACGGAACGAUACAACAGAUUAAAAUCAGGGUUUCGAAGCCAUGGAGAAUAUGCAUAUCAUAACAUUCCUGGUGGUUAUGUCGACCGCUUUCAUCUUGUUGGUAUGUGGUUCCAAGGCAGAUGUUGUUUGUGAAACUACAGACAAACGAAUGACUUGCCAAUAUGAUAUCCCGAAAAAAAUACCUCCUGGGGUGACAGAGGUCUACGUUGAAAAUCACAGAGAUAUGAACCUCAGGAGGAACAGUUUCAGUGAUCCACGUUGGAAACAUAUUUUGAUUCUUCAGAUAUACCAAAAUAAGGCAAAAACUCAUUCCAUUCAAGUUCAUGACUCUGCUUUUCGUGAAUUGGAUUCUUUGAGUGUAUUUGGUAUCCACACACGUGGAUUCAGUAUUGGUGAUAGACAUAGAAGUAAUAUUUUUCGCGGACUAGAAAACAUUACUGAACUUGAUUUUUCCGGAUGUGUCAAUCUUAACAGCAGCUUUGUUGCGUUAUCACUAAUGCAGGAUGGAGAAUUUACAAAACUUCGCACAUUAAACUUAAACGAAGUUAAUACUAAUACUGGAAGUAGGAAUAUAAAUUUUUCUCAACUAUUCAUAGAUAUGCUGGUAAAUAAAAGAAUUAAAAAUCUGAGUUUACGAAAAACGAUGAUUCAUUUUCAGCCGUUUAUUCAGAAAUCAGUUUCUGAGGUUACACGUUUCGAUCUAUCUGAUACGUCAUAUAGCCUGUCAUACAGGUUUUCAUCACCAGACGAUGUGUUUGUUCCGUAUCUAAGGCUAUUUGGGAACUCAAAAUUGCUGAAUAUCACAAAUUUUAAAAUGUUUGAUACGUUUUGGAGAGGAGAUCGGUUACGUUUUACUAAUCUUCACUGUACUGAUUGUACAGAACUAUGUGGGGUGUAUAUAUUUAACCUUUUAUUUGUUGAAUAUAUUUACGCAAAUAAUAUGCUUGUAGAUACUGGAUUUCCUAUUGAAAUAAUUAAUUCAACGUUUAACUUUACAUGCAGAAUGCAUUUAAAGGUAGUAGAGUUAAGGGAAAAUAACGUUCGUCGAAUACAAGGAACAACAUUCCAUUGGCCAGAUCAAAAUUUUCUGCGUUACCUUGAUUUGACAGGUAAUAAAAUGAGUUUUUUGUCUUCAAGCGUAACCAGAGGACUUACAAAGCUCAAAACAUUUGUGCUAGGUGAAAACCGGCUGUCUGAUAUGUCUUCUUCUCCUGAACUUAUAAACCUGUUUGCAAACUGUUUAAAUUUAGAGAAACUUGUGUUGGACAGAAAUGGAUUAUCCUAUCUACCGGAGUCAAUAUUUCUUCGGAAUAAAAUGCUUACUUACCUUAGCCUUAAGGGAAACCUUCUUAGAAAAGUUACUUUUAACACAAAACAUCUCAAGUAUCUACAACAUCUAGAUUUAUCUGACAAUUUGAUUCAUAUCUUAGAUGAACAAUCAAUGAAUAAUCUGAACGAUGUGAUUCAUUUCCAAACAUAUUCAAACAUCAAUCUGGAAGGAAAUCCAAUAGAAUGUUCAUGUAAAAGUGCACCUUUCGUAGAGUGGAUACAGAAACAUUCAGUAUAUAUGCCACACCGUGGCAUAAUGCUUAAUUGCACAAUAGAAGGCCGGAUAGUUGGCAUUGAUGACAAAACUGUAGCUAAGACGCAAUUUAUGUGUAUAAGGAUAUUGGUGUACGUAUCUAUCGCCUUAGCAGUAGUUUUUGCAAUAGCUGCAAGUACAGUUGUAUCUAUAGCCGUUCCUAAAUUGAUCAAAAGACGUAGAAAGAAUGACCAGGUCCGGAGAUUUCUACAAAAAUAUCAAAAUAACCAGAUUAAAGAAAACUUUCUGUGCUUACUGUCCUAUUUCAACACGGAUAGUACUGUUGCCAUUGAACAUAUCUACAAAAAUAUGAAUGAAACAUUAAAAGAAAUUACUGGCCCUGAAUCAGACUCAGUUUGCAUCGUUGAACGACAUUUUCGUGCUGGAGCAGAAAUCGUGGCCGAAAUAAUGAGAUUCGUAUCAGAAUCUUGUGUAAUUGUCUUCGUCGUGUCCAAGUCAUUUUGUCAAAACAACUGGUGUUGCUUAGAAAUAAAAGAAGCCUAUGAACAACAGAAACCAAUAGUGUUAAUUGUCUGUGAAGAAGUAGAUGAAAACGAAAUGCCUGCUCAUCUUAAACAAACGUUUCAACGAUGCACUCGUGCAAAACUCGUGAAACAGGAUGAAGAGUUCACUGUCCAGCCUGGGGGCUGGGAAGGGCUGUGUGACUCUAUCAUACAUCUCGCAAGUCGGCAAUGUGCAGAAGAAUUAGAAUGACGUGUAGAAAGUGAAAACAAAAACAUAUAAAGUAAAAUUCAUGAUAUUUGAUAUUUUUCAUCACAUGCAAACUGUUUGUCAUUUAUUUUCGGUC